AUGCUGGUUGAACAGAUGGUUGGAGACCAAGAGAGGACCAAGGCCAGGUCCACCAAGGACUGGAAAGGAGUGCUAGGUCAAGACCAUAGCACUGAGGUAGAGCUCAGGGGUAGUUCUGGGAUGAGGGAUAGGCCCAAAGGCCAAAGGAGUGACAGGGGGAGUAGCACAGAGCUACCCAAGGGGUAUUGGAGGCCAAUGGAAGGCCAGAGAUGGAAGACUGGUCAAAAGAAGGAAGUCCAGAGUGAGGCUGAGGGAAGGCCAGGUUGGGGAGACCAGUCAUGUGUCGUGAGGGAGUCUGGAGGUGCAAGACUGGACAAAAGAAAGAAAGAGGACCAGAGUUGGCAAGUCUGGUCUGGGGCUAAGAUGCCAGGCAAGGCAAGAAAGGGAAGACUGGAGUUGGGGAGACUGGUUUGGGGUCAUAAGGCCAGAAUACAGAGUUACCAACUUGUUAACCUGACAGAAGGCCAGGGGCCAGGGGCAAGCCUGAAGGACAAGCGCCAUCCCAAGGCCAAGGAGACUAGUGCAGGACCAGGACAAGGGACAGGAGACCCAGGAAGGGUCUGUGAGGAACAGGAGGGGCCAAGGAAUGCCAGGACCAGUCUAAGACCCAGUAACAAGUCUAGACAGCUGAGGCUGAGGGUGGAGACUGGACCAAAAAACUGCCAAAGCCAAGUGCCAAUGGGGAACAGGGAAGGUGUUGAGGGCUGGGACUGGCCAAGUCUGGGCCUGGGGGCUGUGCCAAAGGUGCAUGGAGGUCCAGAGACCAAUAUCAGGGGGUCAGGAGGUCAAAUGAGUGAUGCAAUCCCAGUAUCCAAGUGCUGGGAUGACCAAGGUAAAGACCAAGGUGACCAGCCAGGGGUCAGAGGUAGCUCAGGGGAGCUAACAGACAUGAGUCCAGUUGUUGAGGCUGGCUCAGGGGCAAGUCUGGAGGGUAACUCCAACUUGGAAGGGAACUCAGAUGUGAGUCCACAUGAGUCAGGAAAAAAUGAGGGGCAGACAGGGGUCAGGAGUGAGGGAGUGGAUGCAUUAAGUUUUGACCACUAA